GUUACAUUUAUCAAGCUGCUUUGCUGCUGAAGCUGCAUAGCAAGAGUGAAAUUAACAAGUUUUCAACAAUGAAAAGACCAACGGAAACGUUCAGCAGCCAAGAAGUGAAGUGUCAACCCACUUGUGGACAUACUUGCUCAGCGAGUGGAAAGAUCCAAAGACACUCUGCCAGAAUGAAUUCAGGAGGAAAUAUGACCUGCCGUCUUGGGAACAGUGAAGUUGCGAACGUGUUGGUGAUAAUUUUCCUGACUAUCGAGACUCUGGUGGGACUGCCAGGCAGCAUCCUGGCGCUGUGGAUCUUCUGUCGCCGUAUGAGGUUCUGGAAAUCCCACGUCACCUUCCUCUUCAACCUCUGUCUGGCCGACUUCCUGCUCUUCCUCAGCGUGCCCUUCCGCAUCGACACCCACUUCCGAGGCGACGACUGGCAGUUUGGGUCGGUUUGGUGCCGCAUUAACCUGUACAUGCUGUCCGUCAAUCGAUCUGCCAGCAUUUCGUUCAUGACGGCCGUGGCAAUCGACCGCUACCUGAAGGUGGUCCAUCCGCAUCACCCCAUCAGUCGACUGACCUCCACUCUGGCACACAAGCUGUCAGCGCUGAUAUGGCUCAUUGUGAUUUUGUAUCGUAUUCCGUUGUUGACGAUCGACCUCCUCCAUCCGGUGGGAAAGAAGAAAAUGUGUCGCAGCUUCCACUCCUAUGAAGUCCUCCCUACGGCAAUAAAAAUGCACUAUGUAGCCUACAUCCUAGAGUUCUUCCUGCCUUUGUUUUUACUCAUUUUCUGCUCUGUGAAGAUCGCCUGCCAACUACGAAGGGUUCAAAUGGAGAAAGCGAGAGCGCAGCGCGCCAUCCGAGCUGUAAUGGUCAUCAAUAUGGUGUUCAUCCUCUGCUUCAUGCCAGGCGUCAUCACAGGCCUGGUGGGGCACUACAUAAAGAUGUUCCACCCAGAAGAAUGUGAAACCUACAAGUUAUGGAUCAAUCUCUUCAUGGUGAGCAUUGGCUUCACCUACCUCAACAGCGCCUUGGACCCCGUCAUCUAUUUCUUCUCCAGCUCUGUUUUUCAUGACAUUCUGAAGAACUCCUUCAAAUGCAAGAGAAAUAUCAGCGAAGACAGCACCUUAUAACCGCUGACAGCCAUAUUCCACGGAAACAACAGAUUUCUUCUUCUUCGUGGGAUUUCAGAUCUACAUGCAGCAUGGAUACCUAAGAGCCACUUUUACUCACAACUUACCCAUAAAAAAUACUUAAUUUAACAUGGCAGAACAGAACAAAUCCAGCAGAUUUCUACCAGACCAGACCAGAACUUUUUCUUUAGUGCUGAUGUUUUACAGUGCGUCAUUGAUUGGUGUCUUCCAAGCGUCUCAAUGCACUAUAAAACAUAUUAGUUGUUGUAAUUCUCGGGAAGAAUGUUAUCAGCAGUACAGACUGCUGAUAAACUGUUGAUGAUCUUGUAAUAGUACAAUGCAUAAAAUCUGCAUUUACUUUUGUAAUUAGUGGUAUUUUAGUAAAAGCAUAGCUGGUAUUUUUAAGGUGGAAUGAUGAGUAGUUGGUAGGUAACAACUUUUACCUGCUAAGACGGGAUGAAUUAAAAGUAGUUCUGAUUGUUCUGGUGUGCUAAUUUAGCAGAGUAUAUAUUUAUGAAUUUCCCACCUUUUUGCUGGACAAUUUCUUCAACAAAACUAUUAAUGCUGAGAAUCUCUGUUGCUAAUUCUAAGGAGAAAUUCUCAGAAAACCAUUCAAUAUUGUUUUAUUUUUACUCUGUAUUUGUAAAAGUUCAAACUUUAGUCUGAUGCUUGAUUUUCCUGAAGAUUUGACGUAUUUUUCUAAAUAACCAAAUUAUUUGUUUCUACAUAUUUUGAAGCGAGUGACUUACUGUCAACAUAUUUUAAUAAGAAAUUAACCAAUAAAAAUGACGGCUGAUCCACAAAAGAACAUUUGCUGAAGUUUAAAAAACUGCAGAACUAAGACGGUUUGUGUCACAGCUUGUCACACUGUGUUAAUAAACUAAAAGAUGUUGAUCUCAAUGCUGCAAUUUUUAUAAUACAUGAUUUGCUUUUCCCUUGAAAGUUUCCACAUAAAUUUGAUGAGACAUGCAAUUCAAGGAAAUGUUGCUAAAGGGAGACCAACUCCGAGACACCUUUUAAAAUGAAACAACUUUUAUAAUUUUAAGCUAAAAUUUUAUUUUUCUAAAUUUUUAACCCACUGACACAUUUGGAUAAGACAAUUAUUUCAUAAAUGUUUAUACUUCUAAACAGGAAGGCCAUAAUAGUUUAAUCACCUUACCUCUUUUUUCAAUUGAAACACAUGCUAAGCUACAUGUGCUAAUAAACUUGUUAACUUCUCACCAUAUUUGACCAGAGAACUGUCUAAUACAAUAGUAAUUACAUAUAUAACAAUAGAAGUAUAUUAAGAUUUCUGCAUUCCCUAUUUUUUUAUCGCUAGAUUUCUAGUUUGUGUAAAGAGCUAAUUGUUACAGGAGACAUGCUAACACUGUCUUUAAUGUAAAUAACCAUAAAAAUAUUAUUAAAAUAACUGCAUAAAGCAAGCAUGACUGUGGUUUAAAUAUCUAUCAAGCAGUGUACAGAUGAACCACAAUGAAAACUUUUCUGAAAAUUGAGGAGUUUUUGUCUUAUUAAGAUCAUUAAAAACUACAGUGACGGUGCGGUGCCUCCAUCCUGGUUGUCGGAACAAUCUGAUCUUAUUUCUCUGUAUCCAAGGGUAUUAAAAGAGUUGUUUAUCGCAGGUGAUAUUCUGACUACUCAGUAACUACAAGUCUUCUUUAUAUGGCCUGUCAAAAAUUAAAAAUACAACAAAGAUCCUACAAACAUGACCAGAGUAGCAAAGCUACAUGCUAGCUUUUCAUUGGCUAAUGCUAGCUAGACUUUUUUCCAGUUGCUUUUCUUUUCCUUUAGUUUUUCUACUUCUGUUUGUUAAAUAGUUUACUGUACUAUUUUAGUUGACUGAAAUUUGUGGAACAAUUUUUUAAAAUGUCUUCAAUCUCAAAUAAAACUAAUAUAUUUUCAGAGAGUAUCACAUUACAGAAAUAUGACAAAGUAUUAGGACCAUACAAAUAAUAAUAAAAAUUAAAUUACAAGAAUAAAGUCAUAAAAUUA